CAGGUCCAAUUUCUUUUUGGCACCGGUGUAGGAAAAGCGGGAAAAAUUUUCCUCGAUAGCGUCGGCCCCGACUGUGGGGCCAAAACCGGAAGCAAUAUUCUGGCACACAACACCCUCAGUAUGUACGGUGGUGGCGUACUCUGCCCGUCGCCCUCCACGGCGACGGGUUUCUACAAUCCCCGCGGCCAGGGCUCGGAAAUCGGUGCGCUCGAGCUGGGUUUCCCCCGGGGGAUGGCCCUGGUUCCACCGCCACCGCACGGCCCCUGGCGCGAUCCGAGCAGUCUCACCGGUACCCACCUGCCCGUCGCCUCCAGCACGGCUACGGCCGCUGGCGAUGAUAUUACCACGCUCGGUGGACAGGGCGGUCCACAGGGGCAGACCGGUUCGGUAGUGCCCGGCAUGCAAACGUCCUCCUCCUCGUCUAGUGCUGGUGGUGUGACGCAGGACAAGAAGGACUUUCUAUCGUCCUCGUCCGGCGGUUCGUCGAUCGGUAGCGUUGGUCAGCAUCCGUCGGUGGCCGGUGCCGGCGGAAGCGUGACGCAAGGGAAUGUGAUCGAGAAGAAAGAGUUCCUGUCGCUGCAGCAAAGCACAACGCCCGGUUCGCAGAGUAUGAACUCGCAGAACGGGCAGGACCUGAAAAAUCAAAACAUCGAGUGUGUCGUCUGUGGUGAUAAGAGUUCCGGCAAACACUACGGACAGUUUACGUGCGAAGGCUGUAAAUCAUUCUUCAAACGCUCAGUACGACGGAAUCUCACCUACUCCUGCCGGGGCAAUCGGAAUUGCCCGAUCGAUCAGCACCACCGAAAUCAGUGUCAGUUCUGUCGACUACGAAAGUGCCUCAAAAUGGGAAUGCGACGUGAAGCCGUCCAGCGAGGUCGAGUUCCACCGUCACAACCACCGGGCAUACCGUACGGCCAGUACUCCAUACCAAACGGUGACUCCGUGGCCGGGUUCAACGGUCACUCGUACCUUAGUUCCUACAUUUCGUUGCUAUUGCGAGCGGAACCCUACCCCACGUCCCGGUACGGUCAGUGCAUGCAGACGAACAACAUUAUGGGCAUCGACAACAUCUGCGAGCUGGCCGCCCGGCUGCUGUUUUCCGCCGUCGAGUGGGCCCGCAACAUACCGUUCUUUCCGGAUCUCCAGGUCACCGAUCAGGUGGCCCUGUUACGGCUCGUCUGGUCCGAGCUGUUCGUGCUGAACGCCUCCCAGUGCUCGAUGCCGCUGCACGUCGCACCGCUACUGGCGGCGGCCGGUCUGCACGCUUCCCCCAUGGCAGCCGAUCGGGUUGUCGCCUUCAUGGACCACAUCCGGAUAUUCCAGGAGCAGGUGGAAAAGUUGAAGGCGCUGCACGUCGACUCGGCCGAAUACUCCUGCCUCAAGGCGAUAGUCCUCUUUACCACAGGUAAAUUGCUGGACAAUCUCUUCGGCGAUGUUCACGCACUGCUUGCCAAAACCAGCACCCAGCUACACUCCCUCCAGUCCGAAUCGGACGUUAUCCAUCUGGUGCAGGUGCAUCUGUACCGUACCGCUACCAAUACUUCCACGUCCAACACCGGACAUAAUACAACCGACUCACCUAACAGUUCCGUUGCCAACAUAACGCUCAACAGCUCCAGCGGUAACUCCUCACUAACUUCCUCCACCUCCAUGGUGUCCAACUCGGACCAGGCGGAUACGUCGGGUGCGGUGGCACCGACUGCCGUAGCGUCCUCGAUUGCGUCGCCCUCGGUGACGACGACGACGACGACGCUACCGGUCGGCAAUACCACCACCGAGAUUAACACCACCACCGCCCAUAACCAUAACAAUAACAAUGAUCUUAAAACCAUUAACCAUAACCUAACCACCACACAACAGUCAAAUGCUAGUUCUACGGCACCCAGUGUUAGCUCGCCAUCGCUGGUGGCGGCCGGUGUUGGCGCACUGUUCGGUAGUAAUGCGCAGUCGAAGACACCACCGCUACCACUGUUCAACUUCCAUCAGAACACACCGAACCGAUCGUACCACGGCACGCUCGAUGACUUUGUCAACCUGAGCAGCAGCAGUCCGUACGCGGUCGGUUCGGCCUUCUCGUCCAGUUUCGGCACGAACGGUAUCUUUACCCCGUACGGUAGCAGUAGCUUACAGGGUCCGAUACCAUCGGCAGGCUCCAAGUAUCUGGGUCAUGGUGGAAGUAGCUCGGACUACAAAUUCUCCCCGUACAGCCCUUGGAGUAGACGAUAGUGUACUGCACGGUGAUGGUUUCUUGUAUCCGAGGAUAUGAUCUUUCGA